CAGUUGAGUGCAGCGUGCAGUCAACGUCAGCGAAAGUCGCGCUCUGUUGCCUGGCCUGUAUCUCGACUCGAGAGCGACUGCUCUGCGCUUUGGCCAAAGUUAAUCGCAGAAAGGGCCGCCCUAGAUGUCGGAAAGGGACGCACGCUCUUCCGGGGAGCCCUCGACGCGGGAGGAUCGCGGUAGGGCGUGCAAGCGAGUUUGAAAAUUGCGGCCGUCCAGGGUUACAGUCGAAGUGCAUCCGAAUGUAAACAUGGCCGCCGCUGUGUUGUGUGACGAGUGUUUGUUGUGUGCGCCCGAGCUCGAAGACAUCGUCCCAGGGUCGCAAUAGCCGACGAGAAAUAUGCGUACUAAGGACCCAGGUAAAUAGAGCCGAUUGGGGUGAGCCGCGAUUAAGCCGGAGACCUGGAAAGCCGUUUCGCCAGCGACCGCGCAAGGGUGGACCCUUUACCGUCUCUCUGUGUAUCUCGAUGAAAAUUGCAGGUUUUUCGGUGACCCGUACGCUAGCCAAGCUGACCCGAAGGCCCGUUCGCGGGACGAAGGGCACCUCGGGGGAGCACGAGUCGGUUUAGGACCCUCCUGGCGAACGGGGCGUUAUGGCAGGUGGAUAGAGGACGCGAAACAGCUGGGUUGCUAGGUGGUUCAGCUGACUGCCAAUUGACCUGCAAACCUCAUUGGCGUGAAAGGGCUGGUGUCUGGGAAAGCGAUGAAUGUAUUUCGGGCCCUACUCCCCUGUGCGUUGCAGCGUGGUGGAGAAAGCGAAGACAGUAUCGAGGGUUGUUGGUCUACUGGAGAAAGACGAGGGGAUGAUUCACGUAUGACCCAUAGAAUGGGAGCAUCAGCUUCUUCCAGUCUCGCCGCCAUAGGUGGAGACCCGCUUCAAGCAGCUCGACUUUCAUCUCCUGGAAGUACUGAUCAAGUUGGUAUAAUUGUGAGGGAGAAGAAAAAGAAAGUGACCGGUUUCGCAACGUUAAGAAGAAAGUUUAUUAGGAGACGUCGUUCCUCAAAGGCUUGCGACCACGGCAGGAUCAUCAGGGAGCUGGUAUCCACAUGGAGCCCCUUAGAAGCAGGAGCACUUUUAGAGGAAUAUGAGGCUCUGGCCGCUUUGAAGGAUUUACACGUCCAGGCCGAACUCGCUAGGCCCCCGGCCACCACGUUCAAACAAGAUCUUUCGACGUUAUACGACUACAAACAUUGUACGGACGUGGUGCUGGUUUACCGGGGAGCCUGUUUCCCGGUCCACAGAGCUCUCAUCUCGGCCCGAUGCCCAUACUUUCGCGAACUCUUAGCAGGAUGUCCAGGGUAUGGAGCUCGAAUUUGCCUGGAGCUUCGAACUCCCAAUCUGGAGGUGUCGAUGUUCUCCGCGCUGUUGCGCUACCUGUACACAGGUGAUAUAUGCUCUCACGAUGCGUCGAUGGACGCGAAACUCUUGCGAAAACUCGGCGACGAAUUCGGCACGCCAAAUCCCCUCGAGCAUGAUCUCAGAUACCUCUUGGACACCGGUGACUACGCGGAUGCCGCGUUGGUGUUCACGUCGGACAACGAUUACCAGAGACCCGACAGCGGCAGCUCGGAGUAUGGGUUUCGGCCCAAGUUGGAGCUGCCGUGCCACAAGGCGAUACUCUCUGCCAGGUCUCCUUUCUUCCGGAAUCUUAUACAACGUAGGACAAGGUCGGGCGACGACCAUACCGAAAGAGCUCUUCACGUCUCUACGAGGAUAGUACUUGACGAGUGCGUCAUACCUAAACGGUAUGCCAGGGUCCUGCUCCACGCCGUGUACCUAGACACCGUUGAUCUGUCGCUGAUCUUAAGAGGCAGUGGUAGCGGAAAUGGUGCUGGCAGCCUUGGGGAGGUUCAAGCCUUGACCCAUACCGGGCGAACGAGACCCAGUCCUAUCGAAGAAGCCAUGGAGUUGUAUCAGAUUGGAAGAUUUUUGGAGUUGGAUAUUCUCUCUCAAGGAUGCGAAGAUCUCAUUUUGGAGUGGCUUACAUUGGAUUCGCUCCCGACAGUGCUCAGGUGGGGCAGCCAGCCACACGGAUCAGCGUGGGUUCACAGACAAGCACUGCAUUAUCUCAGAGAGGAGUUCCAGGCAGUCGCAUCCUCCCCGGUUCUCCACCAAUUGGACCACGCUCAUUUAGCUAAUGUGCUGCAAAGUUAUUUUCUACAAGCAAGUGAGUUGGAGGUGUUGCAAGCUGUUCUGAAAUGGGGUGAACACGAAUUGGUGCGUCGCAUGGAGGACCGGGAACCUAAUUUGCUCAGUCACACGGCACAUUCCGUGACGCGGAAGGGUGUCAAGAAACGAGACCUCAGCGACAUCGAGCUCCGGGAGAUUCUCAGCGAGCUUUUGCCUCUCGUCAGGAUGGACCAUAUCUUGCCUCCUAAUAACGAAGUCUUGUCCCAGGCUAUCAGAAGGGGAUUAGUCUCUACCCCACCGAGUCAUAUGAUAGGGGACGAAAAUGAGAAUCUGAGAGUAAAUGCUUGGAUCAGAGGAGGAAAGAAGAAUGGUCUAUUCGUGAGGCCUCGGUUAUUUAUGCCUUACUACGAGGAAAUAAAGGCUUUAGUCGAAGAGCAGUUGGUCCAAGAAGCAGAACUAGUAAGGUUACGCAGGGCGCGAUACAUUCCUGAUAUACCUGAUACGCUCUAUAUGGUUGAUGAUAAACCAAGACCAAUGGGCACUGUUGGAGUAGACGUUCUUGCGGCAGCUCUUCCAGUUCCAGAUUCGGCGAUAAUGUCAGCCAUGUUGAAGCGAGAACAAAAACUGAGGCAGUCACCCAGUUGUUUACGUGCUGCAAGUUUGCCAUUGUCUUCUCGUCACGAAAUCAACAGACAAGUGCGUCUUCGCGUGGUGAGAGAGUUCAACCUGCCAGAUGCGGUAGCCGAUUUGCUCGAGAACGCAGUGUGUUACCGUAUCGGCGAACAGGACGAUAAUGUAACAGGACUCGAGGAGGUCAACACUGGGAACAUCAGUGGAAACGUAGCAGCUGCAGCCCCGGUAUGCUAUGGAAGGAACAUGACUUUCCCUCGACAAGCCUCGUCGUACACUCAUAGACACGAGUUACCGGCUAUAGUGAUCGAAGGGGAGAACUACAGGUACCCUGGAGAGCAGCCUGAGAACAACUCAUGCAGCGAUGGCCACUUGUCGGACAUAAUGCCGGACGUAGCCAUGGCCACGGCAUCUUUCGGAGCGCUCCAGGUGGCCGAGCCGCAGGAACUGGAACUAGACCUUGGUGACGGCACCUCGCACCUUCUGCAGCAUGCACAAACGAUGGCCAGGACCGUCGGACCUCACCAUCCGUUGCUUCCUCAUCAACGCCAAAGAACUUUCUUAAGACCGCCGCCGCCGUCUUACAUCCACCAUCGCUCCGGAGCUGGCCCGCCAAGGUUUAUUUGAAACUGCAACGGAUAAGAACUGCGACAAGAUCUCCACCAACCUCAGUACAAGUGCAAACUGUCUUUUAGCAUUCUGUGUGCAACACUAAUCGGCUCAUUAAUCGGUUAGGGGUGAACCUCGACGAGCUGCAAGGGUGACGAGAUCUACUGGAAGGCUGGUCGGCAAGUGAAGAGACGCCUCGACGAUUUCCGGGCGAUUUUCGCGCGAUUUCUGUAACUCUAUGGGUUGGAGGUAGGUUAUACGCCAUAUUAAGAGGCACCAUUUAUGUCGGACCAAUGUAAUUACCUGCCGGUUAAGUCUAACGGGUUUUAACGAGCGAAAAGUGCGGUGCAAAGCGCCCAGGCAACGCGUCUGUCACGGUUGUCGCUUUCGUUAUAUGUAAUGUGUUCUUCGCAACACUGGGAGCAACGUGCUGCACGAGAAGUGGGACAUGGGAAAUUUAGUUCACGACUUUGCUUGUGAUCCACUCCGUGAGGGGAUAUUUCAAAUGCCUGUUUCCCGCGGAAAACGACGGACCGAUCGACCGAAGUGGACGUUGGAGAGCAUCUAAUCGAAUUGUUGAGAGACAAACAUCACCGAGUACAAACUGCGGUUGCGGGAAAAGUACCUGAUGCAAAUGGAUACUUCAGAGUGUCGACUGAAAAUCAUCACUUCGGUUAGGUUGCUCCUGCCUUUUUCUAGCAAAAUUGGUACUCCAAGUAUGCGUUUCGUUUCCGAAAGGUACUUGAGAUACUACCCCCAAGUAGCUUAUUUUUAAAUAGUGCCCAGCACUGGUUCUUAGGGAGGGUUCUUUGUAAUUAAUAAUUUACUUGCAGUACCCAGUGCGAGAAAUCGAGCAGCUCGCGUUUAAGGGAUGUUUCAAUAAUGUUUCCUUCUGUUUUAAGUUUCUUUGACCUGUGAGAAUUUAAAGAACGGAGUCUUCGUGGACAGGUUCACGUCCGAGAAUAGGAAAACGGACUUUUCUGGACAAUUGACUCGCGACUCUCCUGAACUCGGUGUUGAUAACGGUGUGAAGCACAAUUGCAGGAUAUUGAUUUUUUUCUUUUUUUAUCCGUCGAAUCACCAAUGGGUGACCUGCUUUCGUUACGCGUUCAGUACGAAGUGCAAUGAUUUUUUUGUUGCAACCUUUCCCCGGGAUUUCGCUGAGCAAAAAUCCUUGACAGUGCGCGACUAGUAAAUGCGCAAGACUGCCGUCAAAUUAAUCGUUUAAGCAUCCUUCUUUUUGGUCUUUCAAGUCACAGUGCCUAAUGCAAUUGAUCGACGAUUGACGUUUGGCGAAGAUAUGUUUCGAUUACAAUUCCGAUGGAAUUGAGCAGCGACAGAAGUACCCGGAUCUAGUUACAGAUGAACUUCGGAUAUGAAAAAGUAACGCGAUCCCGUGUGAAUAUGUAGACAAAGUAAUCUACGUUUAUCAUUUUAAUUUUUGCAUAAACUGUUUCGUGAUUUGCAUCGCUCCUCGGGUAGAAGCGUUUAGUUAUUAACCACUAGAACAGCCAAGGCUGACUAUAUAGCAUAAUGACGGGUUUUGGGGUAUUUGCACAACUAUACAAUGUACAGAACGUCGAAAUUCUAAUGGUUAAUGGAAAAUAAAUUGAUAUACAUUCUACUAUAUCCAAAAAAAGUCGACGUGAUUUCUGACAAACGUACCUUGAUAGUUGCUGUGAUUUAAGACAAGAAAUCUAAAAUCCGUAGUUUUUGUCGGCUGUGGUUGUUUUAAUGUUAAAAGACCAGUAAAGACAAGUCAACCAUGCUGAAUUGUGACGUCAGAGGCGAUAAAAUCACGUGAAAUUUCCGGCGGGUGUUCGACUACAUUUUUCACAUUUUGGUUGAGAAAUAGAUGUCCCGGUGAUCAGUAGAUAUGUAAAUUGUAUUUCCGAUCCUCGUUUGCAAUGAUAUUGCGAUGUCAUGAAAUUAUAAAUUCAACUAGAAAUAUAUGAUAGGUAUAUGUUAAUACACUUAUCAGAUCUCAAAUUUAUAAUAUGACAACGGCCUUACAAACUGAAGGUAUAAGUUUCAGUAUAGUAAUGUAUUUAACAGGGUAGUUUCUGCGUGUCCUGGUCUUCGUUGGCAAAAGUCCUUUGUUUCGCAAAAUACCGCCUGGAAAUUUUAUGCGAUUUUCUCAUUUCUGAUAUUAUAGUAUAAUACGGCCGAUCUAACUUUACUUCCGAAUCAUUUAAAUCGAUCAUUGUAUGUGAAAUCAGCAUGUUCGACGGUUUCUAAACCAGCGUUAACGGACAAGCGCAGGUUGAAAAAAAGAAAGACUGUUCCUUACUGUGUUCAUUUUGCGAUGACACUGAAUGAGUUCUCUUUUAUCUAAGUCAGUGGACUCCCGUUACGCGAAAUUGACACUUGUUUUUGGCGAAAGAGAUUUCAUCGAAAGUGUUGCAAUUGACAAUUCAGUCGUGUCAUGGCGAUAUUUUCCAUAAACGCAGGCGAUAAACGCAGUUCCUAGAAUCCGACAUCGUUUCGCACCGGUAGAAUUAUCGUUUAUUUUUUAUCUUUUAUUUACUUACAUUUUUUAUGAAAACGUACCGUAAGGCGUUAAAAGACUUCUUGAAAAGUGACAAGAAUCAAGGAAAUUGAAGUUAAGUUAAAGAGUUAAAUCAAAGUUUUAAAUAAUUGCUAACUGGAGAAUUUGCUCGAGGAGAAUAGAAAUCGGACAAUAUGAUAAUAUCGAUCAUGCAGAAAAAUACUUAGUCAAGAAAAUGUUUGUUGGUUCAACCAUAGAAUUUGAUUAUUAUAUGCACAACCAAGUAAUUGAUUGACUUGAAAUACAUUCUUGGUUAAUAACUUUUGGUUGAUUGCAUCAAGUAUCGCGAUCGAUCACACCUAGUAUUAAAGUAAUUUGUUACAUUUAAUCAAAAUACUUUAGUUGGUUGAAACAAACGAGUUUGCGAAUUUAGCUAAAUUUUAGUUCACUCAACUAAAACGUUUUCUGAAAUUAAUCAAAUGCAGUUAAUCAAACGAUUUCUUUCAAUAAACCAAUAUUUUGUUAAAGUUACAUAUUGCAGAGAAUCUCCUCUUAUUAUUACUUUUUCUAGACAAAAUUUCAUCGAAAUUGACUCGAGACAUAUUUCGCCUUUUUCGCUAUAGACACCCGGCCAGAUGCAACUUCGUGAGGAUCUUCGAUUAAUGAUAAUUCCGCGUUAGAAGUAUGUUGUACAAUAAACCCCGUCGCUUCGUGUUGCAUUAAGAAGAAGAAAGAAGAAAAAACACAAAAAAGAAGAAAAAGAUCUGUAUAAUUUAACUCUUUUAAUUACCCGUUGAACCGUUCGUGGGAACGAUCGUUGUAUCUUCGUCCGAUUCGGACGACACUGAGAAAGUUGCAAUCAGCUGGUAAGACCUAGGUACAGCUGUGAUAUAUACCUGUAAAUAUAUACUAUACAUAUAUACAUAUAUAGAAAUGUAAAUAUAAAUAUAAAUAUUACGUUAACGCGGUAUUUUCUUAAAGCCAUGUUACGGUAGCUUAGGGAUAUUCCCUGCUUGUAAAAAAGUUCCGAUAUACCCUUCCCCACCUACGGAAAUUCAAGGUCAUACAUGGUAGCUUUAAAAAAGGCUUAAAGAGCCGAGAAGACGCAUUUAGGAACGUAAUUAUUAACUGUAAGUACGCGUAAAACUGAAAAUAAAAUGUUUUUCCCCGAUUUUCUGUCCUUUCCGAGCGAAGGGGAUACGGUGCCAGUCGAUGGACACCCAUCUUCGUGAACAAUUACCAUCCAUUUGUUUCUAGUAAUGAUUCCGUGUUACCGUCACGUAAUUAGAGCACCGUCAGUUGCAUUUGAUGCAAUCUCUUGCCUGCAUUGUGUACGCAGGUUCCACGAUUUUACAAAAAUAGGAAAAGAAAAAAAAUGUCUGCGGCCAUGAAGACAGUUCUUCGUCUUUUUUGUUCCUUUUGUGUCAACUAAAGUGAUCGAGAUUAAUUUAAUACAACCUAAAGCUGAAAAGGACCAAGUGUAAAUCCCUAAUCUUCUGAUAAGCGCUCAGAUAUUUUUGUACACUGUUAACACUAAACCUACCGACGAUUUAUAACCCCAUUACAAAUACCAUUUAAACCGGUCAAUUUGAUCCACCGGUGUCAGGUUUAGUGUUAAAAAUAUUGGGAAUAAAGUCAACGUUUAUUAUAAAUAUUUAGACACACUUUUUUAUUUUAUAACCUUAUGUUAUAAAUUUAUAACAUGUGUUUAUAAAAUAUAUUAGAGAAAUGUCACAAAAUUGCAAUAUUUGUUUUAACAGUGAAAUAUUCUCUUUGCAAGGUCGAUUGACGUCUCAUGGAUAAUGCGAGCAUAGAAUUGUUCUCGGUGUACGUAGUCGAAGGGCUAUUGUUACUUUUAUGUUCCUGGAUGUUGCGUUGACAAAUGAAAGUUAGCUUAUAAAAAAGUGCGUAAGUUAGCAUCUGUAGUCUAGGUGUCGAGAUAACGAAACCCGUUUAAAACAAGACGACCUCUCGCCAGAUUUGAGCCCGUAAGGCCGAAAAUCCUAACAUGCACAGAAUCCGCAAUUUGUAACGAGUUUUUAGGUCGAUGGCUUGAUUCGUUACGGCAGAAAAUGUGGAGAUUGCGAAGGAUGAUACUCAUGUAAACGUGGAAACGCUCCCAAGAGGUCGAGGGAAAUACUGCUUCCGAAGAACGCCCCUCUGGAAAACCAACUUCGAUCAGAUUUUUCCCGAUUAUUAAAGUUUUCAGACUUAAUCUAAUAAUUCUUUGAGGAUUUAACCAGCUACACCUUAAAUCUUGGAGUAGCUCGAACCGCAGAACUAAUUCUGAAACGUAUAAACUUCGAUCAGACUUUGUCUCAUUAUUAAAGAAGUUUUCAGACUUAAUCUGGUAAUUUUUCGAGGACGUAGCUAGCUACACCUUAUACUUUGGAGGAGAUCGAAUCGCAGAACUACCUCUGAAACGUGUAAACUUCGAUCAGACUUUGGCUGAUUAUUAUAGUAAUUAUCAGACUUAAUCAAACAAUUUUCCAAGGACGCAGGUGGUUAUACCUUAAACUUUAAGAAUGUUCAAAUUAGAGAAUUAAUUCUGAAACCGGUUAACUUUUAUUACAUUUUGUCUCAUUAUGACAGAAGUUGUCAGACUUAAUAAGGACCUAGCUAGCUACUCUUUGAACCUUAAGGAAGUUAAAAUUAGAAAUCAAUUCUAGAAAGUUUAAACAUUGAUUAAAUUUCGUAUCAUUAUUGCAGUAGUUAUCGAGCUUAGUUUGAUAACUUUUCGAUAAUAUAACUAGCUAUUCAUUAGACUUUGCAGAAGUUUAAACUGAAGAAUCAACUGUGAAAUGUUAAAACUUCGAUCUUACUUUGUUUAAUCAUUAUAAAAGUUAUCAGACUUAAUCUGAUUACUUGCUGGGGAUGUAGCUGGCUACAUUUUAAACCUUGAAAAGGUUCAACUUGAAGAACCAACUGAAUCCUAUAAACUUUGAUCAAACUUCAUCUGAUUAUUACAAACGUUAUCGGACUUAAUCAUAUAAUUCUCCAAGGAUGCAGCUGACCGCACCUUAAGCCGUGAGGAAGUUUAAACUUCGGAAGCAUGAAGUGAGAAAUUGGAGUUUGUCGAACGACUGCUUUGUUUUCAAACAGAGUCGCGUAAAUUCCAGAUGCCAAUGUAAAUAUCAAUGUUGUUAAGUGUAAUGUGAAUUGUACAUAGGUAGUUAGCAUAAGUAGAGUGUAAAGCAAAUUCGAAGCGAAUCAGACCGUGGAAGUGGUACUUAAAAAUUAUACGAUGGCAUGUCCGGAUGGAACAGAUCCGUCCUCGGAGUGGAUUCUAUGGUCAAAUUCGAAAACGUUGUUUUAAUAAUUCAGGACUUUUUGGUGCUCUCAAUCGCUGCUCUUAUAAUGCCCGAAAGUAAUUGCGAUCUUUUCAAGUUUGGUCUGCAUUUCGGCGUCAGUUUUAAUUGAACUCACAAAAUGAAACAAGAUUAAAAUGCGAAAAAUUAAUUACUAUGAAUAUUCCAUCGGUGGUGUAAAGAAAUAUUUAAAUAACUUUUAUUCUCUUCUAAAUAAUUCAAUAUAUGGAAAGUUUUUACUAGUCUUGCCCGAGAGGAAUGACAAAAUUCGCAUUCUUUUAUUGCAUCACCAAUUUGAUUUAGAAAAGAUAUUAAAAACCUUUCGUUGAGAUAUUUAA